UUCUAAAGUAGUGCUCUGAAUUUUCUAUGAAAAGCGGUUUCUUUUAUUGAGUAAAUAAAUUACAACAAUGGCUGGUCAAGGGCAUCAGUUUCCCGGGAACUUCCAAGGCAAUGCUGCCGGCAUGAGAUCUGGUUUUGGCGGAGGACCCAUGAGCGGACAGAUGCAGUCUAUGCCAAAUCAGUUAGCAGGUGUGAUGGGUGGGCCGAUGGCUAACACAGGCGGUAUGGUGGGCAUGGGGAACCAAAUGGUGCCGCCUUAUGGAGCUACCAUGCAGAAUCAGAUGGGAAACAUGGGGAUGGGACCACAGGGUAUGGGCGUGGGAGUUACUGGAGGACCUGGUGCAGGCAUGGGACCACAGAAUGUUCAGCAAACAGGUGGCAUGCAGACUGUAGCAGUGUCGAGCAACACCGCGCCACCGCCUGCGCAGCCCCCUGCCGCUCAACCACCACAAAACAAGGAGUUUAACACUGCUUCGCUGUGCAAAUUUGGUCAAGAGACAGUGCAAGAUAUUGUGAGCAGAACUCAAGACGUAUUUCAGACACUAAAAGCCAUACAACCCCCAAAUGGUACACAUAACGGUGAAAAUGCCAGCAAUGAUAAGAAAGCAAAAAUGCAAGAACAGUUGCGCACAAUCAGACUGUUGUUCAAGAGGCUGCGGUUGAUCUAUGAGAAAUGUAACGAGACUUGCCAGGGCAUGGAGUACACCCACAUGGAAAGUCUGAUACCCUUGAAGGAUGAAGCUGAAAACAAGGCGUUGGACGAAAGACGGAACACUGAAUCAUACAGGCUAGCUUUGGAAGAAAAUAGAGAACUUACUGAGCAGGUGGUGCUGAAAAAUAAACAGCUGAAAGAAGUCAUAACUAACUUGAGGACUAUUAUAUGGGAGAUAAACGUUAUGUUGACCAUGAGAAGAUCCUAACUUACGUAACAAAUUAGCUGAAAAAAUCAUAGUAAAAGUACAUACUUAGUGGCUGUUUAUUCAUGGCCAAGAAAUAUGAGAAAGAGAAGAAAACAACUUGAUAAUUAUAAUCCUUUACGAACUGUAAUGUAUCAUUUUUAUAUGAAACUUUCUUGUAAAUAAGGUAUGUAAAGUAGGUUGUUUUGUAUUAUUUAUAAGUAAAAUAUAAGGAAAAGUAAUACUAAGAAUAAUUCCUAA